CCGGGCCGCACCUCCUUCCUCUCUGCUGUCUCCCUCCCCGCCCCCAAGAGCUGCGCCGCUUCCUCCAGAGCUUGGGAACCUGGGACGUGGCGAGGCGGUCCAAGGUGGAGCGCCGCACACAGAGGCCCCUCAGGCGGACCUUCUGCGCCGCAGUCCAGCCAGGGAUCGCCGACGCAUCUUUCCAGGUACACUGCGCCGGCAGGCAGAGAUCUACUGCGCACGCGCCGGGGCCUUAGUGGGGCGCCACACCUGGGUGGGCAAGAGCAGCUCGCGCACGCGCGCCGUGGUGCCUGCGGGCUGUGGGGAGCUGGGCGUUGUGUAUCACUGCCAGGGAGCGCUGUCGCUGGCGUGGCGCCAUUCCCGCGGCUUCUCUGCUCCGGCUCAGCUCCGGGCGGGGCGGGAGGAUGGCUUCGGAGAUGGAGUCGUCGCUGGAGGUCAGCUUCUCAUCCAGCUGUGCAGUGUCAGGGGCGUCUGGAUGUUUGCCUCCCGCCCGCUCCCGCAUCUUCAAGAUCAUAGUGAUCGGUGACUCGAACGUGGGCAAGACGUGCCUGACUUACCGCUUCUGCGCCGGCCGCUUCCCCGACCGCACCGAGGCCACGAUCGGGGUAGACUUCCGAGAGCGAGCCGUGGAUAUCGAUGGAGAACGCAUUAAGAUCCAGCUGUGGGACACUGCGGGACAAGAGCGGUUCAGGAAGAGCAUGGUCCAGCACUACUACAGGAACGUGCAUGCUGUGGUCUUUGUGUAUGACAUGACCAACAUGGCCAGCUUCCACAGCCUGCCAUCUUGGAUAGAGGAAUGCAAACAGCAUUUGCUGGCAAAUGACAUACCUCGAAUUCUGGUGGGAAAUAAAUGUGACUUGAGAAGCGCCAUUCAGGUGCCCACAGACUUGGCACAAAAGUUUGCUGACACACACAGUAUGCCUUUGUUUGAGACCUCUGCUAAAAACCCCAAUGAUAAUGACCACGUAGAAGCUAUAUUUAUGACGUUGGCUCAUAAACUAAAGAGCCACAAACCAUUGAUGCUUAGCCAGCUGCCUGAUAACAGAAUCAGCCUGAAGCCUGAGACAAAACCUGCGGUGACGUGCUGGUGCUAAGUUGUAGGCGCGGCCAUCACCGGCUACUUACCUGAGGAGAAGCUUGUGAAGUGUGACAGUGGUUAAGUUCCUCAGAGUAAAUCUUAAAUGUCAUGGAUCGUCCUGCUGUUACCAUUGUUCCGAUGCCUUUUGUAUUUUGCAUCCUCUUAAUCAAGUUUGUCACUGAGACAACACAUGGAGAGAGCCGCUCAACAGCUGGAACAGAAAGGGAAGCAAAGGCAGGAUGACCAGAGCCAUCUUUCCAGUUCCAGCCAGAUGAAGCAGCAUCAAGUGAGCAUGGUGGAACUUCAAGGGUCAGUCUUGCUCCACUCUGUGUUCCUGGGACAGCAAAAGACAUGCUGUGCAGUGCACACGUGCUGACCGGUGCACAUGUGCUGACCGGUGCACACGUGCUGAGCAGAGCUAGAGCGAGCAGCACGUUAAUAGGGUGCUUUAUUUUACUCUAUGUCUUUAAGCACUAAAAACUAAUCAAAAGAAUUCAAGCAGUUGUAACAGGAGUUUAUUUUAGCUGUGACAUUUAGUUAAAAUAUCAAAUGUCUACAAAGCUAGUUUCUGGUACCCCUUGUCCUCUGUUCCCAGACGGCUGGGUGACUCGGAGCUGGUAUCAGUCAACAUCCAUUUGGCUGGGGGCUCUACAUGUGUUCCUGUUGGAUGAGUUUUUUUUUUAAAUGCCUGAAUUUUAUGGCCUUGGUAUAAAAAUUGGUAAACAAACUGUUACUUGGUAUCAAAAUGAGUUAAAUAUUGAAAAAUAUCUUACCUGUCUCUCAGUGAUGAAAGAAAUAGUUUAGAAAGAUUUUUUUUUCGCCCUAAGUACUUGUAGUUUGAAUUUAAGACUUUGCACAAAGGAAAUAGCACGUUUACAUAUGAAGACGUUAGCAGAGUGGUGCGUAAGCCACGCUCAGCCUGAGUUGCACAUCCUUGUUGUGACAGCUUGCAACCCUUGGCAAUUUUAGAGGAAAUGAAGCCAAAAUAUGUUUUACUUAAAUAUUUUCGUAAUGUGGGAAACAAACAUAAUCCAACCUAGUUUUAGAUUUUGUUUCAUUUAUUCUGAAGGUCUCAACUGGACAAUUCAGUUAUGAAAGCAAAAUUUUUCUAUUUAAUAAACUAAGUAAAAGUAACUUAAGGGAUAAUUGUAAAAUUUAAAUAUUAAUUCAGUAAAUACAAUGAAAUAAAGAUUAGCGCCUAGAUUGGCUUUCUUUGCAGUUAGAAAGAUCCUCCUUCCUCCCUCCCUCCCUCCCUCCCUCCCUCCCUCUCCCUCCCUUCCUUCCUGACUUUUUAAAUACAAGGCCUCACUUCGUAGGCCCGACUGGCCUGGGACCAGGGUGGUCACAGACUUAGAGAUACCAACCUGCCUCAUCUUCCAAGGGCUGGGCAUGAGAGGCCCUGUCACCAGGACUGGUCCAAUACAUUUUCCUUAAUCGUACUAGAAUUAAAGAUUAAAGAUUCUUUUGUCCGAAUGAAUGCUGACUUGUGAACUACUUCCUAGUGAAACACGGCUGUGGUGACAGGCGGCCGAGGAUGUCUCCACAGAGGAGCGUCUGUCUGUUCAUUGUUCUUCAGCACUCUGUACACGGGGGAAAGGGCUGCUACGUUUUCCUAGCACACCUAUGGCUUUCUUCCUGCUGUUUCAGGACUGUUUUCUCAAUACUGUUAAUUAAUAAUUUUCUUUUUAAAGUAACUUUUUUUUAAUGAGCAUUCUUUACAUAAUUUUUUCAUUUUAGUAUUUAUUAAUCAAAACAUAUUUGUAUCUCAUUUGUAACGACCUACCACUUUAGUGUUUUUUAUUUUAAGCAGAUACAUACCAGGCGAGCAAGGAUAAUGUCUUUCGACGUAGUCCAAAGUGUCUGUAAAGCACUUUAUUGACUGUUGUCCAAAACGACGGUGAGCUGACAUCCAGUUAUUUUUUUUUAAGCACAAAUCACACAUUUUGUACAUCUGGGAAUUUAUUUUGGCUGACAUUUAAUUGGAAGUCUCAGAUGUUUUAGAAAAAAGAUCUUAAUUUGCAGACAGCAAAGCAAACUCCUUUGGCAUCUGCUGUGGUUGGCUCCAGACAGCUUGAUGACAGUGUAAGGUCUUUGACGUUUUCUCAGCCAGGUUAGUAGCUUUGCUGUGAAACAGUCACUCUUGAUAUUUCUCCCACAAUGUACAAUAAAUCAUCUUUUCCAUGA